AUGAGUGAGAACGAUGAAAAUGAUAAAAUUUCUGAAGAAUCAGAAUAAAAAGAUAAUUCUGAAAAAGAUGAGGCAGAGGAGAGAGAAAAUCAAUAGAGGGAAGAUAAUUUUGGGAAAGAUGAACAUGAUGCAGUGAAGGCUCAUAAAUCACCAAUACAAGUGAAAAGAUAGGUUUUAAAAAGAAAGAGUACAAUGAAGGCUGAGGACAUGUUUGGCAUGAAUUUCUUCAAAUUCUAAUAUUAUGUAAAUUAAGAGGAUUUGGGGAUUCGCAAAAAACCCUAGAACUCGUAAUCAGGUGACCGACUGGAGGAACAUAAUUUCUAUAUGCACGAAAAGAAAUAUAGUUUUGGCAAAAAUUCAUUGUAUGUUCUAAAUGAAUCGAACAUUAUAAGAAAGUAUUGUGUUUGGAUAGUAACUUGGCACUGGUUUGAUAAAGUUAUUACUCUAAUUAUAGUUCUGAACACCAUAUCCUUGGCCAUGCAGAAUUAUGAUUUCAGAGUAAAUGGAACUUCUAAUCAGUCUGAAUUGACAUAUGUAAGAAAUUAAAUGGAAUACUUUUUUACAUCUGUAUUUUUGUUAGAAUUCAUUCUAAAAAUAUUGGCAAUGGGAUUCCUUUUUGAAAAACAUACAUAUUUGAGAGAUGGUUGGAAUGUGUUAGAUUUUGCAGUUGUUGGAACCAGUAUUCUCUCUUUGGUUGGUAGUUUUAACCUUAGUGCAAUUAGAACCAUCAGAAUUUUGAGACCAUUGAGAUCAAUUAAAUCAGUUCCUGGUCUCAGAAUUCUAGUGGCUUCUUUAUUGGAUUCCUUGCCUAAUUUAGGUAAUGUCCUAGUUUUUUUGUUGUAUCUCUUAGUAAUCUUUGGAAUAUUAGGAUUGCAAUUAUUUGCAGGUGCUUAUGAGAAUAGAUGUAGAUUUACAUAAUUUCCAGUAAAUGGAACUUGGCCAGCAGAUCCAUUAAUCACUCAUUUAUGUAGUUCAGACUCAGAUUGUCCAGAUAAUGAGUUUUGUGGCAACCCUAUCAAUUACAAUCUUCCUAAUUAAGACACUCCUAUCCCUGAAUUAAGUUACUCAUACACUACUUUUGAUAAUAUUUUAACUGCCACUUUUACCAUCUUCUAAGCUCUCACUACAGAAGGAUGGUCAACUAUGGUCACUUAAUUAAUUGACGCUGUUAAUCCUAUUUUGGUUUAUGUUUACUUUAAUCUAUUAAUUGUGAUAGGAUCAUUUUUUACAAUCAAUCUAAUUCUAGCUGUCAUCAAUGAUUCCUUCUUAAAGAAUCAAUCAGAACGAAGAUAAGAAUUACUUAAAGAGGAACAACAAAGAAAACAAUAGAGAAAAGAAAAGAAACAGAAAGAACGAUAGAAUGCUUAAAUUCAUCCAACCCAAAACAUAGCUGAUUUAGUACCUUCAGAUGAUUCUGAUUCAGAUGAAGAGACUUAAAAGAAAAAAGAGGAAAUUAUAAAGCAAGUCUUGAAGCCAAGCAAAUUUUAAGGGAGAGCAGAACAAUUGAAGAUUUUGCAAGAUCAAUUUAAUAGAAAGGUUAAGAAGGAGAAAUAAUAAAUUAAUUUUUUUGAUCCAUCCUUAUACACUUUAGAUGUGAAUGAUGACAAAGGAACUAAUUUCGAUACUAAAUUCAAAUAAUUCUUUCUAAGGUUUAUUGAAUCUCUUGCUUUCACUAUUGUAGUCAAUUGCAUUAUAGCUGCUAAUACUGUAGUUUUGGCUAUGGACAGAUAUCCACAACCAGAAUCAGAAAUAACAAUAUUGUCAUAUCUCAAUUUGGCCUUCACAUUAUUCUUUGUCUUUGAAAUGGUGUUGAAAUUCUUUGCCUUGGGAAUAUCAGAAUAUUUCAAGGAUUACAUGAACAUAUUCGAUGCUUUCAUAGUGGCAAUCUCUUUAGUAGAGUAAGUAUUAGAUUUUGCUGAAAUAUCAGUAUCAGGAGGAUCGAUAACGGCUGUUUCAGCUUUUAGAACAUUGAGAGUAUUUAGAAUAUUCAAAUUGGCAAGGUCAUGGAAUUCUUUGAGAGAAAUUCUUAUAGCAAUUGCAACAACUCUAGAGGCAAUCAGUUUUUUUACAAUGUUGCUGCUUCUCUUCAUGGUUAUAGCAUCACUGGUUGGUAUGGAAUUGUUUGCAUACAAUAUUCCAGAUGUUAGAUUGAAUUUUGAUACAUUCUUUGAUGCUAUGAUUACUAUUUUUGCUUUAUUAACUUCAGAGUCAUGGAAUAUCUUAACUUAUUUAUAUAUGUAUAAAUCAGAUCAAUGGUGGCCGUUAAUCUUUUUUAUAGCUGUAGUGAUUAUGGGUAAUCUAAUUCUCCUGAAAUUAUUCAUAGCCAUUUUAAUUUAUAAUUUUGGAUAAAAGGCAAUUGAAACUGAAAAGAAAUUGUAGGACAAGAUGAGAAAAUUGAAUUUUUAACAAUUAGUUGAAUAAUUUAGAUCAUCAAUAAAGGUGUUUGAUCCUGAUGAAAAAAUUAAGCAUAAAUCUCCAAAGCCAGAGUAAGUACAUCCAGAACAUUAGAAGAAAUUAAAAAUAAAUCAGAAUUACAUUGGACAACAUCAAAAUUCUGAUGUUGCUUGUUUUUUUUUAGCAAAGUAUGAUUAGGCCAGGUUUGAAGUGAGAAAGGAAACAAAAUAAAAGAAAUUGAUUAAAAGAUUCUUUGAUACUGCUGAGAUAGUUGAUCCUGAGGAGAUCAGCGAUGAUUCUUCAGGCGAUGAAGAGUAUAUAAAACAAAUGGAACAAAAAAUGUAAUUGUAAAGUUAAGGGCCUUUGACAUUUUAAGAUGGUUAUUAACCAUAAGUUUCGCUUCAUCAAUCUUAGUAACAAUCAGAUAAGAAAUCCAGUGUUUUCAGUAAACACGAUACCUCUUCAGCCUAAGAUCAUUUAGAAGGAGUUCUCAUAGUGGGUACCUCACUUUUUAUAUUCGAUUAAACAUCUAAAAUUAGAAGAUUUGCUUUUAGAUUUAUUAACAAAUCAUAGGUUAUAGGAUUCAUUAUUCUCAUGAUCUUGGUUUCAUCUGUUCUUUUGGCUUUGGAUGAUCCACUUUAAGAGAAUAAUUCAGCAGUAUUAACAGAGAUAGACUUAGUUGUUACAAUUAUAUUUACAGCUGAAGCUUUAUUAAAAAUAUUAGCUUAUGGAUUUUUUUUUAAUGGAGAAUUCAGUUACAUGAGAGAUUAUGCAAAUGUAUUGGAUUUUAUAGUUAUAAUAUUUAGUUGGGUAAGCAUAUUUUCUGAAGCAAACCUCUAAAUAUUUAAAAUUCUUAGAAUUUUUAGAGUAUUGCGUCCUUUGAGAUUAGUUUCAAGAAGUGAUAGUUUAAAAAUUGCUAUCAAUGCUUUGAUCCUUAGUUUGUCAAAGAUUUUCAAUCUGAUAUUGGUUAGUUUGGUAUUUUAUGGGAUGUUUGGAAUAUUUGGUACCAAUUUUUUUAAAGGAGCCUUUUACUCUUGUGAUAUUCAUAAGGUUGGUGACUAUAAGAUUGUUGGUAAAUAUGACUGUUUUGAUUAUGGAGGAAAUUGGGUUAAUGCCGAUUAUAAUUUUGAUAAUGCUCUAAAUUCAAUUAGUUCAUUAUUCGUAAUUUCAACAACAGAAGGGUGGUUAGACUAAAUGUAUUAAGGAAUUGACAGUGUUGGUAUUGAUUAACAACCAAUAUAUAAUUAUAAUAUGUAUUGGUCCUUAUUUUAUAUUGGAUUCGUAAUUAUUGGAUCAUUUUUUGUUAUGAACUUAUUUGCUGGUGUUGUCUUGGAUGCUUUCAAUUCUGAAACAGACAAAUUACGUGGAUAUUUUUAUAUGACUCUUGAAUAACAGGAAUGGGUAGACAUUAAAGAAAGAAUUUAUUAUGCUAAACCAUAAAUUAAUUAAAGAAUGAGUGACUAAUGGUUUAGAGCAAAAAUGUUCUAAAUAAUAAAUCACAAAUAUUUUGACUCCAUGAUCUUCAUUCUUAUUACAAUCAAUACUAUUUUGUUUAUGUUACAAUAUGUCAGAUAGCCUGAAGUGCUUAAUACAAUUAUAUCUUAUUCCAAUUUAGCAUUUUUGGGUAUAUUCACAACUGAAAUGCUAAUUAAACUAAUUGCAUUAGGUUGGCAAUACUUUGCAGAGCCAUUCAAUAGAUUUGACUUUGUAGUAGUUAUCUUAAGUAUAGCAGGAUCCGUAUUGGAGUAAAUGUCUAUUUUAACUGCUUUUGGUACUGUUAUAAGUGUCUUUCGUUCUUUCAGAAUUGUUAGAAUCAUGAGAUUAAUUAGAUCAGCAAGGAGUCUUAAAGCUAUAUUUGAAACAUUCUUCCUCACAGUAAGUUAAUUAGCAAAUAUUGGUGGUCUAUUAUCAAUCAUUUUGUUUAUGUUUGCUGUCUUAGGAAUCAAUCUAUUUCCAUAUGUAAAAUGGUCAACAACUGGUUUAACUGAUGCUAUUAACUUCUCUUCUUUGGGCAAGGCAUUUUUCACUUUAUUCAAAUGUAGUACUGGCGAAUAAUGGGAUUAGGUCUAGGCAGAUUUAGUGAGAUAGAUAAGACCUAAUAAUGUGUGUUUCUCAGAAAAUCUAUUAACUGACUACUAAACAUAUGGUUUUAAUGGUUGUGGAUUUUGGUAUGGUGUCGCUUAUAUGGUGAGUUUCUAGAUGAUAUUUGCCAUGAUUAUGCUUAACUUAUUUGUUGCCAUUAUUGUGUAAGGGUACGAAAUUAUUUAGAAGGAUGAAGCUUCUUCUAUAUCUACUAAUCAUAUACAGGCAUUCAUUGAAAUUUGGAAGUUGUAUGAUUAAACUGGUUCUGGAUUGAUUAAAGCAUUAGAUUUGGAUCGUUUUAUGAUUAAAUUGCCUAAACCCUUAGGAUGGAAAGGUUUACUAUUAACACAAAUGGAGAAAAGAAAAUUUAUUAACCAGUUUAGAUUACCAGUCUAUAUCAAAAACCAAACAGCCAUGUAUUUUUUUUAUGAUGUUCUGGAAGUACUUUCUCACAACAUCCUAACUAGAAAAUAUGGUGAAGAUACAGAAUUAGAACCAAAAAAAUUAGUUAAGGCGACUAAGGAUUUGAUUAAGAAAAGGUUGUAAUUGAUUGAGCAAUUAGAGAAUGCCAAGACUAGUGCUUGGACGAGUGAGGAUAUUAAUAGUGCCUUCAUUAUAAUGAGAAGAAUGAAGUGGAAACUUGAUGAAUUGAAAGAAAAAAGAAAAAAUGAAGUUCAUGUUUUAAGAGACUUUUCAAGUGGAGCACAUAGUAGUGAACAGGACGAUUCUCCCGAUUAAACCUAAAGACCUAGUUAAUUCAAUACUUAAGGACUUACUUCUGGUCAUUAAAUGCAUAUAGAUAUUUGA